AUGGCCAACCCAACUGUGUGGGUCGUCGUGCUCGGCGACUUCGGCCGCAGCCCGCGUAUGCAGUACCACGCCUGGUCGCUCGCCGACGCCGGUUACGACGUGCGCGUGCUCGCGUCCCCCGGCUCCCCGCCGAUCCAGCCGCUGCUGGACGCGCCCAAUGUGCACCUCCACUACCUGCCGGCCCCGCCGUCCUGGGUCGCGGCGCUGCCGACGCUGCUGUCGCUGCUCGCCAAGGCGGCGCUGCAGGCGGCGCUCAUGCUGUGGGCCGCGCUCGCCGCGCUGCCGCGGCCGGCGGCGAUCCUCAUGCAGAACCCGCCGGCGAUCCCCGUCAUGGCCGUGCUCUGGCUCGCGGCGCUGCGCCACCGCGCGGCGCUCGUCAUCGACUGGCACAACCUCGCGUACUCCAUCUUGGCCCUGAAGCACGGCCGCCGCCGCUGGCUAGUUGCGCUGGCGCGGUCGUACGAGCGCCUGCUCGGCCGCUGCGCGGCGGCCCACUUCACCGUGACGAAGGCGAUGCGCGCGUUCCUGCGGCGCGAGUUCGGCGUCGAGGCGGCCGUCCUGUACGACCGGCCGCCCGAAAUGUUCAAAGCGCUGUCGCCGGGCGAGAAGCGCGCGGCGCUCUCGCGGCUCGCGCCGCAGCUGCGCGCCGCCGCGGUCGGCGGCGGCGCGGUCGACGGCGGCGGCGGCGGCAGCAAAGGCGCGGCCAGCGCCACGCAGCAGGAGGCAGGCGACCUGGUUUCAUGCCUCGGCGCCGGCGGCGCCGGGGGCGACGCGGCGCGGCUGCCCGCCAUCGUGGUGAGCUCCACCAGCUGGACCCCCGAUGAGGACUUUGGGAUCCUUUUGGACGCGGCCGUUGCCUACGACGCAGCAGCAGCAGCAGCAGCAGAAGCAGCAAAAGCAGCAGCCGCAGCAGCACCAGCAGCAGGUGUGGGCGCCUCCUCAUCCUCCGCAGCCGCCCCAUCGCCAGCAGCCGGCAGCUUCCCGGACGUGCUGUUUGUGAUCACGGGCCGGGGGCCCCAGCGGGAGGAGUAUCUCGGGAAAAUAUCUCGGCUGCAGCUGCGGCACUGCGCCUUUGCGAGCGUGUGGCUGGAGCCGGGGGACUACCCGGUGCUGCUGGGGUGUGCUGAUCUGGGGGUAUGCCUGCACACGUCGUCGUCGGGGCUGGAUCUUCCGAUGAAGGUGGUGGACAUGUUCGGCGCCGGACUGCCGGUCUGCGCUGUGCGCUACGAAUGCAUCGGAGAGCUGAUAGAGGACGGCGUCACCGGACUGCUCUUCGACAGCCCGGAGCAGCUGAGUGGGCAGCUGCAGCGGCUGCUGCGCGGCUUUGGCGCGGGUGGGGGCGCAGGCGAGCUUACGCAGAUGCGGGCAGCGGUGGCGCGGACUCACGCAGGCUGGCGGUGGCGCGGCAACUGGGAGGAGGUCGCGGCGCCUGUCAUUGCGGCGGCGUGCGGCAGCGGUGCAGACAUCGCAGGUCUACCUGUUUCAGCGCCUGUGUAA